CUUCAUUUCAGCGGCACGUUUGGUUUCUGGCUUCUUCGGGUCACUAACAGCUUAGACCAUUGGGAUGUGUGUGAGCAAAGCAAGUUAUGGGGAAUUGUUUCAAAAGAAUGAUAGUAUCAAUACCUGUAAAAGAUAGACCGUUCUCUUUGGGAAGCGAAAAAGCCAACAACCUCGAGUUCAAAGUUCAGACGAUGGAUGAGAAAUUUUCUUACAGUCCAUUUCUCUCCCCUCGUUCCAGGUCCAACAAGCAUGAAGUAUCUGAUGUCCCGCGGAACCGCCUGCCUUCGCUAGAAAGUUGCAUGAUUCCUAGUUCUCACUCAACUCAAGCCACCCGUCUUCCUACAACCAUCGAAAUGUGUCUUUCACAUAAUUCCAAAGGAGUAAACUCAAACGCAUUUAGAGUCAUAAAAGAACCUAGCCAGCCAUCUCAACCUCGACAUUUUGUAGCGCUUUUUGACUACAGUGCGAGAACUGAAGAGGAAACAUCCCUUUGUAGAAGGGAUGAGGUCUUAGUUCUAGCUGAUACAGAUACCGACUGGUGGCUCAUACAAAACUUAAGUUCCGGUAGAAAAGGUUAUGUACCAAGUUCAUUUAUUGCCCGCAAAGGAUCAGUCGAAGCUGAAGAAUGGUUCAUGCCUAAAUUAUCUCGUAAAGACUCGGAAAGGUUAUUAUUGCUUGAAGGUAAUUCACAAGGUGUAUUCUUAGUACGUGAGAGCGAGACUAGUCAAGGUUCCCUAACUUUAUCUGUACGCGAUGAAGAACGUGGACUAUCCGGUGUUAUGAAUACUGUGAAACAUUAUCGUAUAAAGCAUCCAGAUUAUCGUUACUAUUAUAUAACAACCAAGUGUAGUUUUUCUAGUCUUCAAGAAUUAGUCCAGUUCUAUUCAAUCGAUUCACAUGGAUUAUGUUGUAAACUAACAAGAGCAUGUCUACGUCCUCCACCAAUAACUUCUGAUUUAUCUGUUAAAACAAAAGACCAAUGGGAGAUACCUAAGUCGUCGAUAGUUUUAAUUGAAAAACUUGGUGCUGGACAAUUUGGGGAAGUUUGGAAAGGUACCUGGAAUGGGACUACAGAAGUUGCUGUGAAAACAUUAAAACAAGGCACAAUGACUAAAGAGGAAUUUCUUAAAGAGGCACGUAUUAUGCGUGCAGCUCAGCAUCCAAAGUUAGUUCGACUGUACGCUGUAUGCACUGAAGAUCCUAUAUAUAUUGUGACUGAAUUGAUGUGCAACGGCAGUCUAUUGCAAUACCUUCGUGAUGGUGCAGGGAAGAAUUUACAGCUCAAUUCCCUUGUUGAUAUGAUGGCUCAGAUUGCCAAUGGAAUGGCAUAUCUAGAGAAAGAGCAUUAUAUUCAUCGAGAUUUAGCUGCACGUAAUAUUCUAGUUGGAGAGAAUAAUUGUGUUAAAAUAGCUGAUUUUGGUUUAGCACGUAUGGUUGAAGAUCAUUAUUCUACAUAUAUGGCACAAAAGAGUACAAAAUUCCCUAUUAAAUGGACAGCACCAGAAGCUGCAUUAAUGGGUCGUUUUACAAUUAAAUCAGAUGUUUGGUCAUUUGGUAUAGUUAUAUACGAGUUGAUUACACUUGGUCAAGUUCCCUAUCCAUCAAUGAACAAUACUGAGACAUUACAUCAAGUCAGUACUGGAUAUCGUAUGCCACGUCCAACCAAUUGUCCACAACCAAUUUAUGAUAUGUUAUUACAGAUAUGGGAUAGUUCUCCUGAGAAACGUCCAACAUUUGCAUUUCUUUUCGAAUUUUUUGAAGAUUACUUUGUUACUUCUGAUACAAAUUAUAAACAUGCUGCUACUUCAUGUACAAUUGUAUCUGUUCCUAGUUCUGGCACUGAUGUUACACCUUCUUCUGUUCAUGGUAUGAAUCAUCAUCAUACUGAGACAAAGUUAGUUGAGUCAACUAGGACAACUCAACAAUCAAUAGGAACACUAAUAACGUCGAAUGUGAAUGGUAUUCACUCAGUUGCAUCAAAGUGUUGUAGUGGAUGUCUUGUUAAAGAGAAAUUGCAUUGAAAUCCUCCCACCCCCUCCCAUCAAUUUCUGCUUGGUUGUGCAGUUCACCCCCCAUAUAUAAUAUGUGAUCAAUGAAUUUAUUCACAUUACUAAUCUACCUGCAAAUCAGAUUAUUGAUUCCUAUUAUUCUCGAUAUUCGUGUUGUUGUUGUUGUUUUAGUCGUGAUGAUGAUGAUGAUUGAUUACGUGUGUGUUUUGUGUUUAAUGCAUUUCACGUUGGACAAAUAAUGAUCCCUUUUAGUUGCCAUGCACUUACACACACACGCACACACACAUACUGACUUGAUAAUUUAAUCACUUCAUGAUGUUUUUGGUUUUUACUGUGAUCUCUUCUGGAAAACAAAGCCUCUUUUUCUACGCCCCUUAUACAUUUUCCUAUUGCCUAUCAAAUUGGCGCACAUCCAAUCUUCGAUACAUUAAUGAUAAAUAUAAUAAUAAUGUGAAAUGUUUCUUAUACAUUACUCAGGGGUCUCUAAAAAAGAAACAAGCAUUUUGUUAUUUUGAAGAAUUUUUCCCUCUUUAUUAUUUUUGAUGUUUAUUUAAAAUUGUAGAAAUUAUGUGUGUCUUUUUCACCAUUUUCUUUCUACUUAAUUCCUAUUAUCGGUUCCCCCCCAACUGUCUUCUUUACCGCUUGUAAUAAUUCAUCUCUCAAGGUAUCUUUUGAAUGGGAAUCAUGUUGACCG